GUUUGUGAGGAGUCCGUGACCGGAAUUAACGAUGUCUCAAAUUCUGCUGCCACGCACCCUGGCCAUCGUGAAGCCAGAAGCUCUGGAAGCGGCGACUCAAAUCCGAGAGUGCAUCGCACAAGCGGGAUUCACUGUGCUACAGUGCCGACGUGUGCACCUCAGCCCUGAGCAGUGCAGCGAGCUGUACAGCGAGCACUUUGGCAAGAUGAUUUUCCCCAGCCUGGUGGCGUACAUGAGCUCCGGUCCCAUCCUGGCCAUGGUUCUGGCUCGGCACCGAGCCACGGAACUCUGGCAGCAACUCAUGGGACCCAGAAACAGCGAGAAGGCUCGGCAGAGCCACCCUGACAGCCUGCGUGCGCUGUAUGGCACGGACGAACUGCGCAACGCCGUCCACGGGAGUGACAACCCUGGAGCUGCCGAGCGAGAAAUACGGUUCUUCUUCCCCGACGCCAUCCUGGAGCCUAUCCCGGAGAGUCCGGCCGCUCGCGAGUACCUGGAGAGGUCAGUGAAUCCCACUCUGCUCGCCGGACUCACGCAGCUCUGCAAGCACAAGCCAGCCGACCCCGUGGUGUGGCUUGCCGACUGGCUGGUUCGGAAUAACCCAAACAAGCCCGUCGUGACGGACGAACAACAGGAAGACGAUGAAGGUCGAUAAGAGGAGGAACACCAAGGAGUGGAUAGUUAUUUUUAAACCGCAAUUGCCGGCCGUUUCCAUGUUUGACAGUUAUUUAAAGCUUGGCGGAUACAAUUGUCUCACUGUUAGAAAAUGGCCACAUUACGAUUCACACAUUCAAUUUCACUCUACGUUUUAAAAAAAAACAUUUAGAAAAUUUUAUCCCGAUUGUCACGAGAAUCCAGUAGAAAAUCUCGCAGAGCAGUGCAUCCCUUCCUGUAAAGAGAACGGCCUCUAAAUUGGAUAUCACAGAGCAUUCUCUGAGAUCCCUUCAAGUGAUCUGCGGUCCACACAGUAGGUGGCAGUAUUUUCCAACUCGCCCUGCGUGCAAGAUUCACGUUUGUCGCGUGGCAGUGAAACUCAUCAUUUCACAUUCAGAGCUGGCAUUUUUGCAAGUUAAGCGCAGAACCAAAUUUAAUGUGAUCACGGUUUUUGUUGUGUGCAGUCAUUGGCGAUCGGUACCCAGACCACCGACUCACUGCAUGAAAACUCGGUUUUGCCAUGGGCAGUGGCGAAACCUGGAUCCGAAUCCCGGAUCUGCGCAAUGCCGGGCUCUGUGGCAGUGAUGAAACCUAAAUCCGAAUCACGGAUCUGAGCACCCGGACUCAGCGCUCCGACCUCUUAGCCAAUCGGACCCCUCUCUUGAUGGCAUGUCAUUCCCAGAUUCACAAAAAACAUGCAUUGAACGUGCGUCUGAGAAUAGAUUACCAAAUAAUAUUAACAUGAGAUUCGAGAAUGUCAUUGAAUUAAAAGUAAUAUAUUCGUGAAUGGCAUUGAUGCUUUUCGAUUUAAAUAUUUCGUGACUGCAGGGAUUCAUAUUCUUGGUUCUUUCGGUAAACUCACGUAGAAGGGAAAUAAUAAAAUAAAAUAUGUAUUAUUUUUAUUAUUUCCCUUCUACGUGAAGGGAAAUAAUAAAACAUGUAUUUAUUUAUUAGUUUCAUUAUUUUAUUAUUUCUCUUCUACGUGACUUUACCGAAAGAACCAAGAAUAUAGCAUUGAUACUAUUAACCUUGUUACGGUUUUAUGAUUGUAAAUGCCAUGUUUAGAAUCAUUAAAACAGCCUACACGAGGUGAACUUUG